AUGGAAAUUAACAUCAUAUCAAGAAAAACCAUUAAACCAUCAUUGCCUACUCCUAAUGAACGCAAAACCUACAAACUAUGUUUGUUUGAUGUGUUUCAACUCAACACAUAUUUUCCACUGAUCUUAUUCUACAGUAAAACCAAUGACAUGCAAGGAUUCUCAUACAUCUCAGAUCAAUUGAAGAAAUCACUAUCUGAGGCACUAACCAUUUUCUACCCUCUUGGAGGUAGAAGAAGUGACAUCUUCUCCAUAGAUUGCAAUGAUGAAGGUGCAAUUUACAUUGAAGCCUCAGUGAAUAUCAACAUAGAAGAGUUCCUAAAACCACCAAAACUAGAAUUACUAUACAAAUUGCUUCCUUGUGAGCCAAACAAGAUACAACCCCACCAACAAGCCUUGCCCCAGUUGCUAGUUCAAGUGAACAAAUUCAAGUGUGGAGGAAUAGCUAUUGGCUUGUGCAAUCUCCACACUCUCUUAGAUGCAUGCUCUUGUAGUACCCUUUUGAAAACUUGGUCUUCCAUUUGUAAAGGAUCAAGGGAAGAAAUAUCAUGGCCUGAUUUCUCUUCUGCUUCUAAUAGCUUUCCUCCAAGGAACACCUUUGGUGUGCGUGCUGGUGUGAUGAAUAUUAACAAAGGCUUAGAGAUAGAAACAAAAUGCACCACAAGCAGAUUCUUGUUUGAUAACAGAACCAUUAAUGACCUUAAAGCCAAGUUAGAAAAUGAUGGAACCAACACAAAACUACCUAUUACACGUUACCAAGUAGUGUCUUCAUUGAUUUGUAAACACAUGAUUGUAGCAUGCAAUAUGGAGGAACCUUGUGAUCAUAGAACAAGGCCAGUGGUAGUGUUGCAUGUUGUGGACAUGAGGAGAAGGAUGGGAGAGCCUUUCUCACAAGAUUCUAUUGGAAACUUAUUGUGGCCUGCAGUGUUGCUUUAUGAGAAUGUUAAUAGGGACACUGAUAUAAGAUAUUUGGUUAGAAUUUUGGAAGAAGAAAUUGGAAAGCUUACAAAGGAAUUGUUUCUGAAAGUGCAAAAUGAUCCUAGUUUUCUGUGGAGUGAUGAGUGUGCAGAGCUAAUGCUUGAAGGGAUAGAGACCAAGAAUCCAAUUUCGUUUGUGUUCACAAGUUGGGCUAAUAUGGGAUUCAAUGAGUUGAACUUUGGUUGGGGAAAGCCUUUGUGGUUGGCUCAAAAAGGAGGUACUAAAGAAACUAUUCCAAAUUCAGUACUGUUGAUGGAAACAGAUGAGGGAAUAGAGGCAUGGGUGACAAUGACAGAGAAACAUAUGGCUAUCUUGGAAAAUGAUAAGGACUUCCUCAGAUUAGCGUUGCUAAAUCCUAGUUUUUCAAACUUAUAG